GGCUCCGCCCCCUCGGCUGCCGCCAUCUUGUUGUUGAUUCGAACGGCGGCGAGCGGGCGGCGGCGAGCGGUGGCGUUGGGGGCUCGGUGUCGCCAGCCCCCGGCUGGGCAGGCAGGGCCGGCCCCGAAGCUGCGCGCAGGAAGGAGCUCGGCAAACCGCGGUGGUAACAUGAAACCAACAUGGUUGUGGUGGAUCUGGUGCGUUCUGACUGGCACACUGAGGCCUGGGGUGGCACUGUCUUAUACUUUCCAUUGGAAUAAGGAAUGUAGGUGGUAAGUUUGAAGUUGAAUAUCCCCAGCCUGUGCUGUAGAGGAGGUAUGUUUCAUCCAUCUGUGGUUGAAAUGCAGAUACUGAAGCUGUAGAAAAUCUGACAGAGGCAUUGUUUGAGCCAUUACUCGAGCACUGCAUUGUUACCCAGGCACUUGCUGCCACUGGAUUCCCUCAGUCUGCCCAUUGGGAAUUGGUUUGUAGUGUGUUUGAAAUGUGCAUCACGGUUGAGUGUUGAUGCUGGGAUUUAAUGUCUCAGAAGUUAGUAUUGACAGAAAACUGCAGCCUGAUUUGUUUACUCUUACAUUUGACAGUGUCACACCAUCAGUCUUGGUGCUGGGCAGGGUUCAGAUUUGAACCUGACUUGCAGAGCUUGUGUGGCAGCUCAGUGGAGCCGUGGCUCUGCUUGUUUAUAUAAUGUGAUUUGCCUAGGAACAACUGCUUUUAUUUCUUACUUCCCAGUCUUUGAGAAGGAAUGUGUCAAAAAGAAGCCCAGUAAAUACAAGGAAUCCCUAGUGAGCUCUGAAAUGGGUGAGCUAGAGAAAAGGAGUGAAAAGCAAGAAGAAAAGGGAACAGAAACCUCUGCAAGAAUCAUGUCAAGUAUUUGUAUUACUUGCUGUAAACUGAAGGAACCCUUCAGAUAUAUGGAGGAGCAGCUAGCAGUCUCCCUCUUCUAUAUUCCUGACGUGAGAGGAAUGCAGAGCAGGAUGCUGGCAAGUGUUUAAUCUCAGGUUUGUUGCUGCUGUCGUAGGGGAUGGGGGAGGAAGAGGAAGUGUUUGUGCAUGGCUGCUUAGUUUCUGUUUUGCAGGCAUCGCCUGUACGCAGUGCUUGUGCUGUUCUGAUGUGGCAGCAGCUGUUAUUUUUGGCUUUCCCAGUGUGCUGUUCGGGUAGAUGUACUUUCUAAGAGAUGCAGUUCUCUUAAUUGGUGUGUUGGGGUGCCUGUGCUUCCUGUAUAGUCCCCGUCGGUGCGAACUACUCUGCAGAUAGUACUAAGGUGCAAGUCAUUUGCCUUCAGUUAUAUCUGUAGACUUGUCUAUAUGCAUUUUGAGUGGCAUUAACUGUAUAAAAGACAAGCUUCUUUAAGCUUUCUUUUAUUUUGUAUAACCCCUGUCAGCAUGCAGUCAGUUUCAUUCACAACAAAUGAUUUUACCCCCUUCUCUGGAGGUAGAGGAAUAUGCUUUGCUAUUAUAGGGUGCCUCUCUAUCUGUAUAAUGCUAUCUACGGUAGUUAACAUUAGUGCAAUUGUUUCUGUUCAAAAAUAACAUGGGUGUAGCUGUCGUAAUUAUAUUAGUAGAAGAUCUGUGUCAAUCAAAUCUGAUAAAAGCAGUAAAAAAGGUUAUGAGAUGUAAUGUGCCUGUCCUGGUAGGAUGUUACUACACAUGGUUGAGAGCUCGGGUAGAUAAGCUGUCUCUGAUUCAGCUUUUGUAGUUGGAAAGGUUAUCUCUUCCACCAGCUGUCCUGCUUCUUUGCCAAACCCUACCUUCCUUAUAUUAGGGCCUACAACAGUGUCUGUUCAGUUGCUGCAGAUUAAUAUUAAAUACUGUGGUUCAACCUUUCUUCAUUAGUACCCAUCAGGGUCUUGUGAACCAGGCCAGAUGAAGAACAGGCGUGCAUCCUGUUUUGCUCCACCCACUGGUUGGUAAUUAUCUGUUGAGGAUGGAGGAGGCAGCUGGGGGCAGUGGUCCCCUCGGCCCGGGUGGAACGGUUGGUAAAGAGCAUCUGUCAGAGCCCAGAAGAAUAAGUGCAUCCUGAAAGGAGCUCGUUGUGAAUUCUGGUCUCAGGCUUGAGAGAAGGCAUGCUCGCAAGCAUUCUGAAUUGAUGAGCAAGUAAAGAUCUAAAUAAAAGCUAAUUUAGCACUUGCUAACUCGUUUCCAUACAACAUCUUCCAGGCUGACUUGCUUCUGGUGUCCUACUCCCUCUUGAUUGUGAGAGGUUGGCUCCAUAUUCCAGUGACUGCUCAACAGAGAGAGCUUGGGUGACAUCUCUAAGGGUAUGUGGAUAUGGUUUUGUGGGAGGUCUGCUCUUGUCUUUGGAGGAUACUACAGGAGUGCCAAGAUCGUUGUAAGGAAGCAGAUCGCCCGGAGUUUCCCCGCUGUGGCUGCCUGACCGCUGCUGAGCUACCCCUCCCAGCCCAUGUGGCUCUCCCCAUGCUCCAAGAGUGCAACUGGUGCCCAACGCAAUGUGUGUUUGUCAAACCAUGGAAGUGGGCAAGUAUGGCAAGAAUGCCACUCGAUCCGGAGACCGGGGGGUCCUGCUGGAGCCUUUCAUUCACCAGGUGGGCGGCCACAGCAGCAUGAUGCGCUACGACGACCAUACUGUCUGCAAGCCCCUCAUUACCAGAGAACAGCGCUUCUAUGAGUCUCUGCCCCCAGAAAUGAAGGAGUUCACACCUGAGUACAAAGGUGUGGUAUCUGUCUGUUUUGAGGGAGACAGCGAUGGUUACAUCAACCUGGUGGCCUAUCCCUACGUGGAGAACGAGGCUCUGGAACAGGAUGAUAUGCCAGAGAGGGACCAGCCACGACGCAAGCACUCGCGUCGGAGCCUUCACAGAUCAAGCAGCGGCACUGAGCACAAGGAGGAAAAGCCUGGCCUAGCCAAUGACAGCACUGAAAGCAGCAUCCAGGAAACGAAGAGUCCCAGGGUGGACUUGCACAUCCAUUCAGAUGUUCCAUUUCAGAUGUUGGAUGGCAACAGCGGUCUGAGCUCUGAAAAGAUCAGCUAUAACCCCUGGAGCCUGCGCUGUCAUAAGCAGCAGCUGAGCCGCAUGCGGUCAGAGUCCAAGGACCGAAAACUCUACAAGUUCCUUUUGCUGGAGAACGUGGUGCAUCACUUCAAGCUUCCCUGCGUGCUUGAUCUGAAGAUGGGGACCAGGCAGCAUGGAGAUGACGCGUCUGAGGAGAAGGCUGCUCGGCAGAUGAAGAAGUGUGAACAGAGCACUUCUGCCACCUUGGGCGUGCGUGUGUGUGGGAUGCAGGUCUAUCAGCUGGACACAGGGCAUUACUUAUGCAGGAAUAAAUACUAUGGACGUGGUCUUUCCAUCGAGGGCUUCCGCAAUGCCCUCUACCAGUAUCUCCACAACGGCAUUGAGCUGCGCAAGGACCUCUUUGAGCCUGUCCUCGCCAAACUGCGAAGCCUGAAGGCAGUUUUGGAGAGACAGGCCUCCUACCGCUUCUACUCCAGCUCCCUUCUCAUCAUUUACGAUGGGAAGGACAGCAGGGCAGGGAUGUUUGUGGAGCGCCGGCCGGAGAUGCGCCUGAAGCGGGUGGACAGCUCUCUCCCGGAGAGCCUUCAGGAUGGCGGCAGCACAGAGCCCGGCUCCUCGGCCCAGCCCAAGGUGGACGUGCGUAUGAUUGACUUUGCACACAGCACGUUCAAAGGCUUUCGCGAUGACCCCACUGUGCAUGACGGACCCGACAUGGGUUAUGUAUUCGGGCUGGAAAGCCUCAUCAACAUCAUGGAACAGAUGCGUGAGGAAAACCAGUAGCCCUGGGCUACAGCCUCUUCUUCUUGUCCUGGUGGCAGGAGCAGACGAGACUACCUACUACCACAGGCAAAAAGCAGACAACUUUGGUUUUAAACAAUUGUAUUGCUCCGUUGUUUUUAAAUGUACUGGGAUAGAAGAGCUGAGGGGAGGCAGGAUGGAAGAGCUCCUCGUGCUGACCGGGUGGUUCUGACUGCACAAGCUCUGCCUUCUGGAGGAGGCUCCGUCGAUGCCUGCUGGGUGUCGGGCGUCCCGGUUCUUCGCUCGUCGCGUGUGCGUUCUGGAGGGAGGACCUGGAUGUGGGGAAGAGAGAGCAGGAGAGUCCAGGGCUCAGGGGUGGGGGUGGGGGGGCUGGAGCUGUGGUGUGAGGAGCUCUGCUGCCUCGGGAGCCCCCGGGAGAGCCUUCCCUUUGGAAUUCUCCCGAGUUAAUUGGCAAGGGUGCUCGGCUAACAGUCGGCAGGCUCUGUGGCGCUGACGGUGAGCAGCACAAGUCCUGGUCCCUGCUUUAGCUCUGCCCUGGGUGUCUUGCCGAGAUGGGGCUUUGCUUUUGAUGCUGCCUUUUUCUGCUGUUUGGGCACUGUGAGUAACCAACCCAAGCACGGAAAUAACAUGACCAAAUGCAACCCCUGGCAGAGCUGCGGCCGGGAGGGAAUGCCGCAGCCCUGGCGUUGUGCUGGGGCCCGGGGCCUGCUCGCUCUGCCCCCGAGGGGCCGGCACAGGGCCCUGGGCCACCGACCAAGCAAGAACUCGGCUCACGGGCUAGCAAUAGUAUCUGUAGCAGUUAACGUGACCCCAGCAGACAGCGGGGCCUUUCGGACCAUUUCAACCCUUCCCGUUGUGUCGUGUCGGUCCCACAGGCUCUGGGCGAGUGCGUCCCUCCAGCGCGUGGCUGGCCCCGGCCCCGCAGCCCCCGCUCCUCCGGCGGGUCUGGGCAUGGGGGUGGCGAAAGGGGAGGCCCAGAGUUGGGGCUGACCCCCCCCGCCCCCCUUCUCCUCCCUGAGGGCCUCCGGGGGGGCAAGUGAGGGGGGACCUGGCUGAGCGGUGAGUGUCAUCUCUUGACUGUUUAGCUUUGCUUCACCGAGUCCCUCUUUCCCUCAAUACCUGACCAGGUGGUGAAUAAAAGAGCCAGCUGGGAUGUGCUGUGCUGCCUGGGCUCCCUCCCCGAGCUGGUGCUUUACCCGCGGCUUCCCUUGACGAGGGCAUUAACAUUUGAUACUGUGGCCUAGUGGUACCGAGCUGUACCCCCCACCCGCAUUACUCCCCCCGUGUUUCUGUGCUGGGACCCCCGGUUGCUCCCUCCCUUGUGUCACUGACUUGUUCCAUGGUGCCCUGGCUGCCUCUGAAACUGUGUCCCUGCAAGGCCAGGCUUGGGUUUGUUUGGGUUUUGUUUUGUUUUUUUGUUUGGUUGGCUAGUGGUUUUUGGUUGGUUUGUUUUUUUGUGUGUUUUUUUUUUGUUUUGUUUUGUUUUUGUUUGUUUGUUUGUGGUUUUUUUUUUACUUUAAGAAAGCUUGGUUGGGGGAUACUCGCAUGUAGCAUGUGUGCCGACUCUUGUGUGUGCACGGUCUGGUUGGAAAGUGUUCGUGCUCGGCUGGUGCCCGGCUGUGGCCGCCCCAGCGGGCGCGGGGCUGCGGCAGGGAGGGUGGAAGGGGGGCCGGGGCAGUGCCAGCUUUGUCCCAAAUCGUACCUCUACCCUUUUCCCACUCUCUCACCUAUUCCAAAGCUUGCCCGAGCCACCGCUCCGCCGGGGCUCUCCAGGCCGGGACCUCGGCGGCUGCCCGGCUUCGGGGGGAGCCCCGGGUACCGAGAGCAGCCGCCCCGCAGCCCGCCCUGUGCAUGUCCUUGUCCCCACCCCGGGGCGGGCGCAGGGCCCUUCCUCCGGGGGAGCACCUCGGGCCCCCCCCAGCGCUGACUCCCGCCCUUCCUCUUCCUCGCCGGGGCCGGGGCUCCCCUCCCCCUUCGGACCACCGCGCUAGGACUCCGCAGCUUGUACAUAGCCUUGACCCCCCCCCCCCCCCCCCCGUUUGUUUUUACAUGAAUAAUCACCUUGUUUGUGCUUCACAGAGAACCAAAAACCAUUAAAGGAUCCGUUUUUGUC